GUUGCACGCCUGCGCGAGGGCGGGCGGCGGGGGCGCGCGCGCGGCGGGGGCGGGCUUUGCCGAGCGCAGAGCUGCAGCCGCCGAGCCGGACGUGUCCGCGAAGAUGGCGGGCCGGAGCAUGCAAGCGGCAAGAUGUCCUACAGAUGAAUUAUCUUUAACCAAUUGUGCAGUUGUGAAUGAAAAGGAUUUCCAGUCUGGCCAGCAUGUGAUUGUGAGGACCUCUCCCAAUCACAGGUACACAUUUACACUGAAGACACAUCCAUCAGUGGUUCCAGGGAGCAUUGCAUUCAGUUUACCUCAGAGAAAAUGGGCUGGGCUUUCUAUUGGGCAAGAAAUAGAAGUCUCCUUAUAUACAUUUGACAAAGCCAAACAGUGUAUUGGCACAAUGACCAUCGAGAUUGAUUUCCUGCAGAAAAAAAGCAUUGACUCCAACCCUUAUGACACCGACAAGAUGGCAGCAGAAUUUAUUCAGCAAUUCAACAACCAGGCCUUCUCAGUGGGACAACAGCUUGUCUUUAGCUUCAAUGAAAAGCUUUUUGGCUUACUGGUGAAGGACAUUGAAGCCAUGGAUCCUAGCAUCCUGAAGGGAGAGCCUGCGACAGGGAAAAGGCAGAAGAUUGAAGUAGGACUGGUUGUUGGAAACAGUCAAGUUGCAUUUGAAAAAGCAGAAAAUUCGUCACUUAAUCUUAUUGGCAAAGCUAAAACCAAGGAAAAUCGCCAAUCAAUUAUCAAUCCUGACUGGAACUUUGAAAAAAUGGGAAUAGGAGGUCUAGACAAGGAAUUUUCAGAUAUUUUCCGACGAGCAUUUGCUUCCCGAGUAUUUCCUCCAGAGAUUGUGGAGCAGAUGGGUUGUAAACAUGUUAAAGGCAUCCUGUUAUAUGGACCCCCAGGUUGUGGUAAGACUCUCUUGGCUCGACAGAUUGGCAAGAUGUUGAAUGCAAGAGAGCCCAAAGUGGUCAAUGGGCCAGAAAUCCUUAACAAAUAUGUGGGAGAAUCAGAGGCUAACAUUCGCAAACUUUUUGCUGAUGCUGAAGAGGAGCAAAGGAGGCUUGGUGCUAACAGUGGUUUGCACAUCAUCAUCUUUGAUGAAAUUGAUGCCAUCUGCAAGCAGAGAGGGAGCAUGGCUGGUAGCACGGGAGUUCAUGACACUGUUGUCAACCAGUUGCUGUCCAAAAUUGAUGGCGUGGAGCAGCUAAACAACAUCCUAGUCAUUGGAAUGACCAAUAGACCAGAUCUGAUAGAUGAGGCUCUUCUUAGACCUGGAAGACUGGAAGUUAAAAUGGAGAUAGGCUUGCCAGAUGAGAAAGGCCGACUACAGAUUCUUCACAUCCACACAGCAAGAAUGAGAGGGCAUCAGUUACUCUCUGCUGAUGUAGACAUUAAAGAACUGGCCAUGGAGACCAAGAAUUUCAGUGGUGCUGAAUUGGAGGGUCUGGUGCGAGCAGCCCAGUCCACUGCUAUGAAUAGACACAUAAAGGCCAGUACUAAAGUGGAAGUGGACAUGGAGAAAGCAGAAAGCCUGCAAGUGACGAGAGGAGACUUCCUUGCUUCUUUGGAGAAUGAUAUCAAACCAGCCUUUGGCACAAACCAAGAAGAUUAUGCAAGUUACAUUAUGAACGGUAUCAUCAAAUGGGGUGACCCAGUUACUCGAGUUCUAGAUGAUGGGGAGCUGCUGGUGCAGCAGACUAAGAACAGUGACCGCACACCAUUGGUCAGCGUGCUUCUGGAAGGCCCUCCUCACAGUGGGAAGACUGCUUUAGCUGCAAAAAUUGCAGAGGAAUCCAACUUCCCGUUCAUCAAGAUCUGUUCUCCUGAUAAAAUGAUUGGCUUUUCUGAAACAGCCAAAUGUCAGGCCAUGAAGAAGAUCUUUGAUGAUGCGUACAAAUCCCAGCUCAGUUGUGUGGUUGUGGAUGACAUUGAGAGAUUGCUUGAUUACGUCCCUAUUGGCCCUCGAUUUUCAAAUCUUGUAUUACAGGCUCUUCUCGUUUUACUGAAAAAGGCACCUCCUCAGGGCCGCAAGCUUCUUAUCAUUGGGACCACUAGCCGCAAAGAUGUCCUUCAGGAGAUGGAAAUGCUUAACGCUUUCAGCACCACCAUCCACGUGCCCAACAUUGCCACAGGAGAGCAGCUGUUGGAAGCUUUGGAGCUUUUGGGCAACUUCAAGGAUAAGGAACGCACCACAAUUGCACAGCAAGUCAAAGGGAAGAAGGUCUGGAUAGGAAUCAAGAAGUUACUAAUGCUGAUCGAGAUGUCCCUACAGAUGGAUCCUGAAUACCGUGUGAGAAAAUUCUUGGCCCUCUUAAGAGAAGAAGGAGCGUCCGAGAGACCAAGCAAGGAAGUUGGUUGUACUGUUGGUUUGCUCUCCCUGUCCUGCUUCGCAAAACUUCCUUGUCACAAUGCAGGAAAAACUUAAUGGUACAUAUUUAUUGGAACCUGCUUUUACAUGCAUGGAGCUGUGACCAUUUUCUUUUGUGAAGUGCUCAUCUAAUAGCAAAUGCAUAGUGGGAAACGUAGGAUAACCAUUAAGAAGCUUUUAGUGAUUUUUUUUUUUUUUUUUUUGAUGAAUAGUUUUUUACGGACCCUCAUCUGGUUUUUUGUGUUUUGGUAUUUCUUUUGCAGUAGCCCCCUUGAUUUUGAUUGAAAAUGAACUAUUUGAAACACACAGUGACCAAGGGAAGUGACCAAGGUGAAGAUGGCCUAGGAUCUUCACUGUCUUACUCAAGAUACUGGACUAAGUGGAACGUUCUCUACCUUCAACAUGUGCUCGCUCUGCAUGAUUAGUGCAAUAAAACUCCCUUCCUUAUGCAUACUGAGAUAGCUUAGUGUCUCGUGGAAGGUGUCAAUUUGGUUUAGAAUGCUGCGCUUACCUUCCCAUGCAGGCUAAAGUGAUUCCUUCUUGCUCAGUCCCUCUGUGUGGGAACCAUCCAGUACUUGUGGACACUACACGUUUCAAGCUCUCUACUAGCACCAUCACCCUUGAAAACUCUCAGUCAGUGUCAUGAAUGUUGCAUGACAACAGUUGGCCGAUUAGAAGGCAGACUUUCUACAUGCAAAUCUGGCUUAGUAAAUCGAGGUGUGGGCCAGAGAUCCUCUGACAGCUGUCCUGAGCUAACACUAAAAGUCACUGGGUAUUUGGUUAAAGGUCUCCCACAAGACUGGUAUUCUCUUUGCCUGAAGAAACAAGGCAUUGAAUCUCUAAAAUGCUGUUCUCAAUCAUUGUCAGAGAUGUUUUCAAGUUGCAGUCAGAAGAUCUUUCUUAAUAGAAAGUCAGAUGACUACCGUGUUGGUUGUGACUUCCCCUUAGUAUAACUAAUUUGCUCUGUGGUAAGAGAGAUGCUCAUUAUUACCACUUAGAAGAUGUUGUUAAAAACAUGUGAAAGAUAGGUAUGGAAAAAGCGUACACCCCCAAACAGAAAGGAGUUAUUAAAGUAAUUUACAAACCUCUCAGCACUAAUUAGUGUCCAACUCCAAGUGGGUCAAUUCCUUAGUAUAAUAUUAAGGCUUACUAGUAUCACUGCUUUUUCCUUAGCUUAAUGACUUACUUAGAAUUUAUCCUUUAUUUUAAAUGAUCUGUACUAUCUAGUGUCUAAAACACUAUCCUCCAGAAAAAUCAAUCAUUUUCUAGCCCUCUCCCUCAGUCCUUUAUUGUCCAUUCCAAUACAUUGAACACAUUUCCUUUACCCUCCACACACUUCUUCCAAAAGGAAGCACCCAUUGAGUCCUUUUGAGGGUGAUUUGUCUUACAACUGACUGACUUAGCAGGAAUUUAAUUAGGUCAUAUUUGGUGAUGAGACUUAGGGAGCGUGCCUCUCUCUCCCAACUGCUGCUUAAAAUGCAAGGACAAGCAAUUAGAAGCCAUCCUAAGGUGCUUACCCCACACGCCACCCAUGAGGCUUGUGGCCACAGUGGCACUUGGGUGUGGCUCCUCUGUUAUUUGUCCUCAUGUGAGAAAGCAGAUCAUCUCCAAAUCUUGCCAUUUGUAUACUUUUGGUGGAGACUUGGAUGUCAUAUCUUCUUUGUUUUGGGUUUUCUUCCCUAGCUUAUUUUGUGGCUUUUAAAGAAGUGGAUUGUAUUGUGAGAUCCUGUGAUUCCUGGUGGCCAGUAUCCUGGAUUCCUCUAAGAUCUUGCCUCUUUCCUCCUCAUGAAAGCAGCACACAUUGUGUUAACUUAUGUCUCUUGUUAAAUGAGCUUAAUGUCUUUGUGUUUUGUCCAAAACUGUAUUGAAAAAAUAUUGUUUAAUGCAAAUGAAGGAAUGCAAUAAAGAGUAAAUAUACUUGAAAA